AUGUGCAGCAAAUUAACCACCAGAAUUUUCCUUGGCUGGAAACACAAAGACAAUGAAGAGGAUCCAUAUGUCCAAGUGAGACUUAAGGAGGGAGGUGGCACCAGAACACCGGAUGUUGCCAAAAGUGCUACUUAUGAUGAUGUUUUAGACGUUAUGAAGAAUUUAUUUUUACCAGGGGGAAUAUCACCCAAAGGUGCAGUAGGGGACAUGGAAUGUAAAAUCUCAUCCUUUCAAGAGGAUAUUAUAAAAAAGGAGGAAUUUGUUAAUGUUGGGUGUCACAUGGAGAAGUCAGCAGUGAGACCUAUGAGAUUAUAUCUGUUGACUAAUAGAAGGAAUGCUCUACAAAAUGCUGGACAAGUGGUGGCGGAAAAUCAAGAAUAUGAUGAAGAUGGAAGCUUGCCUGACACAGGAGUGGUUCAUGCUGAACAGACACUGGCUCCUGAAGAUUCAAAUGACAGUUGGCAUAUAAGCUUCCUGGACCAGUUUGAGAGUGGUUCUUCACAUGAUGUAACUUCAGAAACACUGAUACCUGCUGGCACGCCAACAGUCACUCUGCGUAGAACGACUGAUAGUAUUGAACUUUGUGAUGUGCUUCACACGUUAUCAUCACAAGUGGAGCAUGAAGGAAUUGGCAACCCAGUAAAUGUUGUAAGAUAUAAUGUUCUGGAUGGACUGUUCAGAGCUCUUUUGCGUAAAAGAUUCAACCCAAAGCGCAGAAUGUUUGUGCAGUUCAGUCAUGAAGAUGGGGUCGAUGGAAGUGGACCUUCCAGAGAACUUUUUAGGCUUGCUUUGCAAGAAAUACAAAACUCUUGUAUUUUUCAUGGAAAAAGGAGCUCUAGGUUUAUUGAAAUGGACUACAAAGCUCUAGAGGAAGACAGAUACUUUUGCUCUGGUCUAUUCAUAGCCUAUUUGUUGGUACACAAUGGCCCUUUGCCACAGUUUUUACAUCCUGUGCUAUACAGCUUUUUGGCCACAGGGAAGGUGACACAUUGCUCUGUAGAGGAAGUAGAGGAUGAGGGCAUAAAAUCAAAAAUCAAAGCUAUUGCUGAUGCCACAACACAAGAAAACUACCAAGACGUAACAAAUGACCCCAUAGUAGACCUGGCAGGCUGCACUGCCUUAGGACUGUCGCUGAAGGACAGGGAUAAUUUAGUUACAGAUCUGGUUCACUUUUUUAUUAUUGGAAGGCAUGGCCUUGCCAUUAGUCAGUAAGUAAAGAACUUUGUGACCAAAUCCAUUGCCUGCUGCAAUCAAAGUUGAAAUAACCAGUUUAAAAAUUCAGUUGUGAUAAAAUGUGCCAACUAAAAACUGAUGGGAAACAUUUACAUAACUAAUAAUUGGUAUCUGUUAUGGAUUUUAUUUGUGGUUUCAAAAUAUUUGUCAAGUGAUUGAAGUGUAACCCUGUUAGCAUGGAUUGAUUCACACUUUUUGAGCAAUGUUAUACAAAUGUACACCUAAACAUCUUUUCAUAUUACGUGGCACAUUAUAAGGUUAGUUCUAAUAUUAAGCAUUAGACAUGAGUGGA